UACUGUUUCUCUCUCCUCCCCCUCCCUCCCUCCCCGACCCUCUCUCUCUCUAGAAUUAGGGUUUCGACUGAGUCACUCCCUCUAUCUCUCUGUUGCCGAUCGAUCUUCGUGCUUCAAUGCCUGCGAAUCUCCGCCGGAGAUUUUCCGCGAAGUGCCAGAUUGUUCAAUUCGUUGGGCGCUUGCGGCACGCCGCCGUCCCGGAGUUCGUCGUGUGUUCAUUUCAGUUCAAAUAGCGGUUUCCCGAUUAGAUUGGAGCGGCGUGCGGUAGUUCUUCAAUGGCGCCCAGCCGGAGGAAAGGAGCUAGCAAGGCCGCUCAGGCCGCCGCUGCUCGCCGCCAAUGGAAGGUCGGCGAUCUUGUUCUUGCUAAAGUCAAAGGCUUCCCUGCUUGGCCGGCUACCGUAAGUGAACCGGAGAAGUGGGGCUACUCUGCUGAUUGGAAGAAAGUACUAGUCUUCUUCUUUGGAACCCAACAGAUAGCGUUCUGCCACCCUGCAGACGUCGAGGCAUUUACCGAUGAGAAGAAACAGUCUCUUCUGGGCAAGCGUCACGGAGCUGAUUUUGUUCGUGCAGUCCAAGAGAUUAUUGAUAUUUAUGAUAAAAUGAAGAAAGCGGACCAAGUUGAUGACUUCAAAUCCACUGCAAAUGGAAGGAACACAGUGGACUCUUUGUCGAACUUGUGUGCAAAGGAUCAGUCAGAAGCUCCUGAAGCAAUUCUGGAUUCACAUUCUAAAUCUUCACAGUCAACAAAUAGAAAUGAGCCAAGUGUUUCUGUACAGGACGCUUCAGCAACUGAACAAGUAGAUGCUAUGCACGAUAAGGAAGCCUUAAUCAAGGAACCUGCUGCAACAGCAAUGGUUACUGAAACACCUCUUCCAGUGACCUACUCUUCAAGAAAGAGAUCAAGAGACUUGCGAUCACGGAGUUGUGUCUCACUGAAAAAGGAAGCACCAGCUCGUAGGUCAAGACAUUCAUCCAGGAUGGAAUCACGUAGAGUACGCAACUCAAGAAUGUCAUGUGAUGAUGAUGACAAGAAUGCUGGGGAAGUAUCUGGUAACGUAGUUCGGGAUAGAUGUCUAAGAAGGAAUAAACGAAUACGGAAAUCACCUGAUGCCUCUGAGUGUGAUGAUGUGAAUUCAGCUGCUUUUGUUUCAAAUGGUUGUAUUGAAUAUAAUGGUUCUGAAGUUGUGACAGUUGAUUCUGACACAUUUAGUCUAAAUGAAGGCAGUGCUAUUGAUUCUGGUUGUAAAGGUGAACACUCAGAGGCUGUUGCCAAAUUCUUGGAUGGCGAUGCUGAGUUGGUCAAAGCACUUGAUCUCCAAAUAAAGGCAGUUGUUAUCAAGAAGAAAAGGAAGCCAAACAGAAAACGAAUUUCUAAUGAUGCAGCUGACCCUAUUGCUAUGGUGGACAAGGAAACAAUUUUGGAGGUAAAACAAAGUAGUAAUCAAACUAUGCAGAAUGAUUGUGGGAAGAUGAAUGGAAAUUCCUCCAAGGAAGAUGGAGAUGAGCACCUACCAUUAGUGAAACGAGCCAGGGUGCGAAUGGGCAAACCAUGUUCUGCUCACGAGGAAGUAGAUAGCUUUGCACACACUGAAGAAAGUCAGAAGGAAGUUGUACUCAAUCCACUGGGGCCAGUCAGCACAUCAUCAAAUUGUGAGGAAAAUUGUCCUUCUGAUAGGGACUUAUCUGUGGUAAAUGAAGUUUUGGAUAAUAUUUCACCUUCCGGAGGUUGCACUCACAUUUUGGGAAACGAACCUCAGCUAUGGAACACCAAGAAAGACCAAUCAUUUAGUUGCUCAGUUGAUGGCGAAGCUGUUUUACCUCCAUCUAAGCGUCUUCAUCGCGCUCUAGAAGCCAUGUCAGCUAAUGUUGCUGAAGAUGAUAGAUGUAAUUAUGAAUCUUCAGUUGCCAAGACGUCUACUGUUGGUUGUCAUCUUUCUUUCACAAGUACAUGCCCUGCUAUUACUGUAGAAAGUAAUACAGGGACUGGAUUGGUACUGCAGAGUGAAGACUCUUUGGGCAAUAAAGCUUCAGGGGUUGAUGCUUCUGGAUUCUCUACCAGUUUAAAUCCUGUAGUCUUGGAGGAAAAUGCUAAAUCGGUUGUGGAAGUGGUUGCUGAUAAAAAAAAUGAGAGUCCGAACACCCAAAAUCAUGAAUGUUCUAUUGAUGAAUCACCAGAUUUUGGAUACCAUGUUGCUGGUAAAGAUCUUGGUGGUGGUGCUUCUGGUUGUCACAUUAUGGGAAGUCCAGGGCAUUUAUCGCCUAAUAUGGACAGAGGAGAGGCUGGUAUUCGGCAUAUUGAAAGUUCAAUUGAUGAGUUGCCUACGAAGGACAAAAGCAAAGACAAAGAUGAAUUGAGCCACUGUGAAGCAGAAAAUCCUGAUAUUGAAUGUGAUACUUCGGAGCAUACUUUGAAGAGCAUAAAUCCUCCUGUAUCAGGCACCAUCCAUGAUAUUUCUGAAGUUUCACCUUUCAACGAGGCUAGUCCACUUCAUUAUGGUGGAGAGGGCUGCAGUGAGAAAGUUGAGGCUUUGGAACCCCGUGUUCAAGAUGCUAGAGAAAUCAAUGACAUGUUUGAUGUGGUGAAAGAGGUUGAAAAUAAAAAAACAGGGAAUGAUCCAAGUUCAAUUUCCUAUCCAAAUGAAUACUUGGGUGAAAAAAAUGCCUCUGGUAUCCAGUCAUGUCCAUCUCUAACAGAUGGAGGAGAUUCUCUCGCACAUGCAUCACCUCCCAAUACCUCAGGCUGUCACACGUCAACUUCAGAUAGUAGUAAUAUUCUUCAGAACAAUGGCAGUUGUAGUCCAGAUGGUGAUUUGCAGAACAAGAGAACUGCAUCUACUAUACUUGGUGAGGACGGAAAGUCUGAAUCAGUUGUCAGUCAAAGACCAAAAUCUGUGGGCAGGUAUGCAGAAGUACAUGCAACCCUCUUAUCAUUUGAGACAAUGCUUGGAACAUUGACAAGGACCAAGGAGAGCAUUGGUCGAGCAACUCGUGUUGCUAUGGACUGUGGAAAGCUUGGUGUAGCUGCUAAGGUAUUGGAGAUUCUUGCCCAUUAUUUGGAAACUGAGUCAAGCUUACACCGGAGGGUAGACUUAUUCUUCCUGGUGGAUUCAAUUGCUCAAUGCACCCGAGGGUUGAAGGGUGAUGGCUGUGGUAUGUACCCUUCUGCAAUCCAAGCAAUCCUGCCACGGUUAUUGUCAGCUGCUGCUCCUCCUGGAAGUUCUGCACAUGAAAAUCGUAGACAAUGUUUAAAGGUUUUGAAACUUUGGUCAGAGAGAAGGAUUGUUCCAGAGUCCAUAAUUCAUCGCCAUAUGCGAGAACUAGAUACUCAUGGUGUGUCUUCUUCUUCUGGUGCAUAUGGCAGGCGCUCCGCGAGAACGGAAAGGUCUUUGGAUGAUCCUCUUAGAGAAAUGGAGGGUAUGCUUGUUGACGAAUAUGGAAGCAAUUCAAGUUUUCAACUUCCGGGACUUUGUAUGCCCCGCAUGCUCAAGGAUGAAGAUGAUGGAUGUGAUUCUGAUGGGGAAAGUUUUGAGGCUGUCACUCCUGAGCACAAUCCUCAGGCCCAUGAAGAACAAGAAGAAACCACACCUGCCACUGAAAGACAUAGGCAUAUCUUGGAAGAUGUGGAUGGAGAGCUUGAAAUGGAGGAUGUGGCACCUUCUUGUGAUGUUAACAUGAGUUCAUCUUGUGGUGUUACUGGAGCCAAUGGUGUGCAGGCUUCACAUAAUCAGUUUGAACAGAAUUAUCAACCGUCCCUUGCCCCUCCACUACCUCGAGAUGUGCCACCGUCAUCUCCUCCACUACCAUCUUCUCCUCCGCCUCCACCACCACUGCCUCCACCUCAUGUGAUCCAUCAUCCAUGCGCUCUGCCCGAUGCCUAUAUGAUUGGUGUUGAUUCAAAGUCCUACACUGUUACACAUAAUGUGCGUGACAACAGAGUUCAACCUCCACCUCAGCAGUUGAAUGCACCAAGAGUCAACCAAACAAUUCCCGAUGCCAUGCAUUAUUGUGCCUCUGAAUGCAGAGAUCAUCAGAAACAGAUGCCUGAUUCUACAUCGUGCUCUUAUAGUAGUUUUCCUACAUAUUCAGAUAGAAAUGUGCCGCACUCUGAUGGUGAUACCUUCCAGAAUAAAGGUUACCCUUUACUACCACCUCGUGCUCCACCAUCCAGUCAGUUCUCAUAUGUUCAAGGAGACCAACAGGUAAAGCCUCGACGUGAGGCUCCGCCUCCUUAUCAUCACAACAGAUUUGACUAUGGGGACAGGGAAAACUGUUACAAUAACCAUGAAAGAAUGAAACCUGGCCCGUAUGAGCCCCGCGAUAGCUGGAGAUUUCAUUCACAUUCUUUUUCAGGUCCUCGAUAUCCUGAUAAAGGCAAAACUUCUUAUGGAACUGACCCAUAUUCUGGCCCUCCAUGUGAAACAACAAGAGGACCUGGCCAAGGUUGGAGAUAUCCUCCCCGCUCGAUGAGCCACAGAGACUCUAUGCCCUUUAGACCACCUUUUGAAGGUCCCAUACCCGUCACAGGCAGAGAAACAGGGAGUCUAGAGGGAGAAACAGGGAAAAUGGGUGGCUUCCAAUCUGUCUCUGAACAAUCCAUCCAUGAAUUCACAGUGAAGGAUAGCAGAGGGAAGGAGGUGGACCUCGGCGUUUACAAGGGGAAGGUCGUCCUCGUCGUCAACGUUGCUUCCAAAUGUGGGUUUACUGAUACGAAUUAUACCCAGUUGACUGAGAUUUACAGCAAAUGCAAAGAGAAAGGUUUUGAGAUCUUGGCAUUUCCGUGCAAUCAGUUUCUAAAGCAAGAGCCCGGGACAAGUCAGGAUGCUGAACAAUUUGCAUGUACAAGAUACAAGGCUGAAUAUCCAAUAUUCAAGAAGGUACGUGUCAAUGGGCCGGAUACAGAACCUGUGUACAAAUUCCUCAAAGCAAGUAAAUCUGGAUUUCUGGGGAAUAGUAUAAAGUGGAACUUCACCAAGUUCUUAGUUGACAAGGAUGGCCAUGUCAUUGAACGGUACGCCCCAACCACCUCCCCCUUGAGCAUUGAGGCCGAUAUCAAGAAAGCGCUAGGGGAGGCGUGAUGUUAUCAGGCAGUUCAUCUUCAGACAACAGUGAAAGAGCAUAGGAGUUCUUAGUGUCUCUCUUCCCUGUUCGUUAUCUUUCCUCCCGGUGUCUUCGCUAGUUCUCCCCAUUCCCGUCUGUGUAACCAUUCUCUGUUUUUUGUUUUCGAUGGGAACCCUUCUCUUUUAGUACUUAUCGGUGAUUUAAUGGAGUCACGUUUCUGUUUAUUCUUUCCUGUAAUCCACAUUUAUGUAGAAAGCAUAUGGAAUCAGCAGUAUCCAGAACUAUAAAGGGCAACACCAAGCCAACAAGGCUCUCCGUUUUGCGAGGCUUAUGUCAACAAGAGCUGCUGGAGCUGCUAUUGUCAACAAAAGAAGCUGCUGUCUGUCAACAUGGACAUGGCAGUAAUUACUCUCACAUUAAAUGUUGUCAAGUGAGGUGGGAACAUGUAGUUAAGGGUAUUAGAUAUUAGAUGUAUAGUUUGUAAUAUAAAGAGCUCCUUACGCUUACGGAGCCAAUGUAAUACAAUGAAACAAGAAAAUUGACCCACAAACCCAUUAUUUCUGAGAUGGUAUCGGGGCAGUCGAUCAUGACUGACUCUUGAACCUCAAAACCAGAAAAAGCUUUCGCCAAAGUCA